UCUUUUUCAACCCCCACCUCGGAGGUCUGGACAACCGGCUCCGUCUGGGGGACCGAGGAGGAGCGGAGCCUGUAGCCGGGCUGGAGCGCUCAGAGCCGGCGAACCGCGCGGAUCUCAGUCGGUCCAGAUUUCUGUCGGGCAGAGACAUGGCGGCGUUGAGGCGGGAGGUUCUGCUGUUCUUUGCCGCCGCCCUGCUGGUUUCCUGCGGCGCCGCGCCCACCGACAUCCUGUAUCGGGUUCCUGAGGAGCAGCCGCCCAACACGCUGAUCGGCAGCCUGGCGGCGGACCAGGGCCUGCCCGACACCGGCCACCUCUACAAGCUGGAGGUGGGCUCGCCGUACCUGAGGGUCGACGGCAAGACCGGCGACAUCUACACCACCGAGAUCCCCAUCGACCGCGAGACGCUCAAGGACUGCCGCAACCUGUUCGACGACGACAAAUGCUUCCUGGAGUUCGAGGUGUCCAUCACCGACAUGGUGAAGGGGCUGGGCUCCGGACCGCGGCUCAUCGAAGGCCGCAUCGAGGUCCUGGACAUCAACGACAACACGCCGCAGUUCUCCUCGCCCGUCCUGUCGCUGUCCAUCCCCGAGAACACCCACGUGGGCGCCCUCUUCUCCAUCCCCAUGGCGACCGAUAAGGAUUCGGGCGUGAACGGCGUGGACCGCUACUCGCUGAGCACCCGCGACGACUUCGAGCAGCUCUUCACCCUGCAGGUCGCCAUGGACUCGGGCGAGAAGCUGCCGCAGCUGGUCGUCAUGGGCAACCUGGACCGCGAGAUGAAGGACUCGUACGACAUGAACAUCCUGGUGGUGGACGGAGGAACGCCGGAGAGGCAGAGCAGCGCGUUGCUACGGGUUACCAUCACCGACCAGAACGACAACGCCCCCAAGUUCGAGAGGAGUUACUACGACGCCGACCUGCCGGAGAACAGCCCCCUGGGACACUCGGUACUCCAGGUCAGAGCUUAUGACGCCGAUACCGGUGCCAACGGAGAGAUCGACUACAGCCUCCAAGCGUCCGACAUCGUCCAGAGGCUUCUGCGCAUCGACCGAUCCACCGGCAUCAUUUACGUCAAAGGCCUGGUGGACCGCGAGGAGGACAACUUCCUCAAGUUCUUUGUCUCCGCCAAAGAUCGCGGUCCCAACUCCAAGAGCUCCAAAGUCGUUGUGACGGUCAACAUCAAGGACCAGAAUGACAACGCUCCGGCUAUCGAGAUCCGAGGCAUUGGCCUGGUGACACACCAUAACGGCGUGGCCAACAUCUCCGAGGACAUGCCCAUCGGUACCCCGGUGGCUCUGGUCCAAGUGUCGGAUCGUGACGAGGGUGAAAACGCGGUGGUGACCUGCGUUGUUGCCGGUGACGUCCCAUUUCAGCUCCGACCUGCUAGCGAGUCCGCCAACGACAGGAAGAGGAAGUACUUCCUGCAGACAACUACCCUACUGGAUUACGAACGUGUGAAGGAUUACAGGAUUGAAAUCGUCGCAGUGGAUUCUGGGAACCCCGCCCUGUCUAGCACCAACUCCCUCAAAGUUCAGGUCACCGACAUAAAUGACAACGCUCCGUCCUUUUCCCCCACUGUACUCGAGGUAGACUUCGCGGAGGGAAACCAACCAGGUGACAAAGUGUUGGAUGUGGCGGCCUCGGAUGCAGACAGUGGCACCAACGCAGAGCUAGCUUAUAGCAUCAUCGAGCUCUCUGCGAAAAAGCUGUUUGACAUCGAUACCAACUCUGGAGAGGUUCGUGUGAAGAACCUGCUGGACCGAGAGGAAACGGAGCGCUACGAGUUUCGUGUGGCGGCAGCAGACAAAGGUGUGCCAAGUAAAACCGGCACUGCUACGGUGGUGGUCAACGUUCUGGAUCGCAAUGACAACGACCCCAAGUUCAUGCUGAGCAGUUACAGCUUCUCUGUGAUCGAGAACAUGCCUCCACUCAAUCCCGUCGGUGUGGUAACGGUCACAGAUACAGAUAAAGGCGAGAACGCCAGAGUGACGCUGUCAGUCGAACCAGACAAUGGCAAGUUUUUUAUCCAGAAUGGUACGGGGACCAUCCUGUCCAGCAUCUCCUUUGACCGUGAGAAGGAAAGCACCUACACCUUCCGCCUGAAAGCUGUGGACUCCGGUAAUCCACCCCGUUCAUCUUACGCAGGCGUCACAAUCAACGUCUUGGAUGAGAAUGACAACGCCCCCUACGUCACCAAACCGUCCAACUCGUCCUACACGUAUCUCACACCGGUCACUCCACCAGACACACGGGUGGGGGUUGUAGAGGCUGAGGACAUUGAUUCUGGACCCAAUGCUGAUCUGACCUACACCAUUGCAGGCGGAAACCCUUAUGGGCUCUUCCACAUCUCACCAACAAGUGGGGAGAUAACUUUGGCGCAGGAAUUCACCGGUAAACACAACGGGCUGCACCGUCUUGUAGUUCGAGUCAGUGAUAAAGGCAAACCUCAGCGCCACACCACUGCCCUGGUUCAUGUUUUUGUCAACGACACCAAGUCCAACGCCUCCCUGAUCGAGGCUCUGGUCGGACACAGCCUCUACACCCCACUGGACAGAGACAUUGCCGGAGAUCCCAACUAUAUUCUCGCGCAACGAAGCAACAUUUUGUACGGCAGCUUGGCAGGGAUCGCCGGAGUUAUCCUGGUCAUCGUAGCCGUGGUGGUGAUCCGACACCGGCUGCAGAAAGACACCAAGAGUGGCUACCAGGCCGGCAAAAAGGAAAGCAAGGACCUGUACGCUCCCAAGCAAGGUCCUAAAAACGGCAAAGGGAAAAAGACCAAGAAGGGAAAGGCGCCCAAACCGGCCAAACCGCUGGAGGAGGACGAGGAGGCCAGUUUGCAGAAAGGCCUCAAGUUCAACCUCAUCAACGACAACGUCAACGACAGUCCCAGAAUCCACCUGCCCCUUAACUACCCACCGGGAAGCCCCGAUCUGGGCCGCCACUACCGCUCCAAUUCCCCGCUGCCCUCCAUCCAGCUUCAGCCACAGUCCCCCUCCGCCUCAAAGAAGCACCAGGCCGUUCAGGACCUCCCCGCCACCAACACCUUUGUGGGGACGGGCGACAACAACUCCACGGGCUCUGACCAAUAUUCGGAUUACAGCUACAAGGCCAACCCGCCCAAAUACAGCAACAAACAGCUUCCCCACCGCCGAGUGACCUUCUCUACAGCCAAUCAGGCGCAGGAUUUGCAGGACGCCUCCCAGCACAGCUACUACGACAGCGGCCUGGAGGAGUCGGAGACGCCCAGCUCCAAGUCGUCGUCGGGGCCUCGGAUCGGGCCCCUGGCGCUGCCGGAGGACCACUACGAACGGACCACGCCCGACGGCAGCAUCGGCGAGAUGGAGCACCCGGAGAACGGUGGAGCGUCGUCGAGCACCGAGCCGGAGAGGGGGGCCGGACAAAAAAGACUGCCUUAAGACAAAACUAAAGACACAAAGAGCAUCUAAACCUUCUUUUUCACUCCUUCUUCUUCUUCUUC